GCUAGCCUCGGUCCCACUGAGCAUGGCUGGAUAGACUGCAGAACUAAGAGGACGGACGAACGAACAGCUUACUUUGGAAACGGGAGCCAUAAAGAAAAGGACGCAAGUGGAAAUCGUGAAAGUGGAUAGCUUUUUCUACCGAAUCAAGACGUGUAAUAUCUCCUUUAGUGUUUGUCAGUUUGACUUGAAAGUGUCCGAGAGUGGUGUGGAUCCACGAAAAGGUUUGAGGAGUGUGCCUGUGUUUUGUGAUUCUUGACUUUCGAGGUGCCGAAAAGUUGCAUUUUUCAUUUGGGAACGAAGGUUGGAACCACAGCUUGGGGCAGCUGAGGCUCUUUUCAGCUGUUGGCAUUUGUCUUGACGUCAGUGUAAUCCAACGAGGGCUACGAGCCAAUUCAGCCCAUACUCCCGCCUGCAUCUUCCUUCACUCGAAGGGCUCGUGAAGGGCUUUCUUUGAGAGGAACGCGUGUCUUAUUUUUUUCUUAUUCUUCUUUCCUCUGUCCUCUGCUUACUCGCUCUCUUUCCUGCUCUCUUUGGAGCUCGUGGCUGGUCCGGGCCGCUUUUUUGCCUUUCCCUUGAAGGGAACUGGAAAGGCUCUUUGGGUGCAACGCACACCCUCAAGAGAGGCCACCAUGAGUGCGUAACAAUGCUGACUCACACGCCUUUGAGAUGGAGAGUGGUUGAUGUGGUGGUCCAAUGCUGGGACAGGUAAUGUUGGACUUUGGACAAAAAAGCAAGUUAAAGUCUGAGGCAGGUUUCAUCGUCCCAACGUCCCCCCACAUUUGUUUGACGAGUGGGUGAGGGGUGAAUCUACAACGUCAAACCCUGGUUACAAACAAAAGAAAAAAGCAUGAACAUUUUGACAAAGUCUUAACGGGCCCGGUUUUUAACAAACAUAAAUAAAACCAACACAUAUUGAAUGACUGAAGUGUUUCUAAAAUAGGUGGUCACAAUGGGAAUUGCCUAGAUUCUAUCUACGUCGAACCACGUCACCGAACUUGUCAUCAUGGACGAUAAUUUGAAUGCUCUUCUGACUCGAUCGAACAGCAACCAGAUCAAGCUUGUUCAACCGCUUCCCAAUCUCAACGCAUCAAAGUUGAUUUUAAAUGAGCAGACCCGAGCCAACGGGACUGAUGACUUGGUCAAAAACAUAAGCCAUUCUUCCACCUUAACCGGGGAAUUGCCUUCUAAUUCACUUUAUCCCUCCAAUAACGAAGAGGCAGGUGUGUCUAAUGUUACGCCCCAGACUCUGGUGGUGCCUAGUUCGACCGUGGUGGCCACCUCAUCCCAACCUGCUAUCUUAGCAGCCUCCGCUCUAGGCAUCCCAAUGGGAGCGUUAUCGUCGCAGGGAAAUUUUCGCUCAAUUUCCAGUAGUGGAGUCAACACUACGGUGACCAGUUUGGCCGCCAUGGCUUCCUCGACUGAGGGAAGUGUCACGUUGGUACCUGUUGUCGGAGGCCGAGUUCUGCUUCAGACCCACCUGCUAGGCAACGGAGGCCAAACCUCGACCACUACGGCCACCGUUUUGGCGCUUCAGCGAGGGUCUUUCUCGUUUGCCUCAUCCGAUGGAGGAGUUCAAAUCGUCGAGAGUGGCGGGAGAAACGGUGUCCCUGUGGACGGCACGCACGCCUCUCAUUCUCAUCCCACUACCAUCUUCCUUCAACAACGGCCUGCCACUCGAAAAAGCGGAGGAGUAGCAGCGCUAGCGACGUCUGCCACAUCCUCGUCGGUUUUGCCGUCGCCAAGGAUAAACCCAGCGUCCAACGUUCUGAUGGAGCUUAGAGAGGGGAAUGGGAACUCUGGAGGAGGAACAGGAACAGGAACAGCAGAAGGAACAGCAGCAGCAGCAGCAGCAACAGCAACAGCACUUGCCACACUCUCAGGAUCAGCAGUGGCGGACGGGGUGGCAUCAACAUCCUCCUCGUCGUUGCUAUCAGGCGGACAUUUAGCUUCGUUGGGAGGAGGUGAGAUCCAGCUUCAGCUUGGAGAAUCGGAUCAGUUGGUGAAUGCUGUCGUCUCGGGCGACAACUCCUCAGUGCAACGAGUUGUGUUUGUUCAACAAGCUCAACCCAAGUCAUCAUCCCUACUCUCAACUGAGACUCUCCUGACCACGACUUCAACUUCAAGAUCUGCCGCGAUUCUCACCCCUAGUCCAGCCACUGCUGCUUCCAAUACUACCAUUCCUGAAAGUGCCAUUGCCAAUCACAACGCCAGCGAAGAUUUCACAUCCAAUACUCUCAAUAGCAACGUCAACAGUAGCAAUAACAAAAAUACCGACAACCACAACAACCACGACGUUGACAGUUCUGAUAGCCUACCCAUUAAUUUGGUAGGCUCCCAUUCCUGCUCACCCUCCGACUCUUUGGGCAGCAAAAAUCAUUCUCGUAACGCCCAGCGAAACAACAGUAACAACAACAACAACAACAAUAAUACUAAUAAUAAUAAUAAUUGUGGAACUACUUCUACUCCUCCUCCUAAUCGUAACAAUAAUAAUCACGACGACGAUAACAACGAAGUCGACGAAGACGAAGACGAUCACGACGUGGAUGAAGAGGUUGCCGCUGUCACCAGCACAACGGUCUCGAGCAUGAUUGAUGCCUCUGACGCCAGAAUGUUUGAAUCCUCCUGCACCUACACAAACCUGACCUCGCCAGGGUCUCACUCUGGCAGGAUGACCCCACCUUGCUAUGUCCCCAACUCGUACACCACCCUCACCCCUCUUCAGCCCCUGCCCCCCAUCUCCACCAUAUCCAGUAUGCAAGACAAGUUCCAAGCCUACUCGCCCAGCAUGCAAAACCACUUGUCCAACAUUUCCUUGGGCUCUCCGUUCAAUGCGUAUGAAAAACACGGUAUGUCUCCUCCGCUUUACCACCACAGCAAUCCGCCUCAAAUAGGCCUGCCCUCGGGGGGCUCGCCCUCCGCUAUGUCGCCCCAAGGCGGGUUCUCCCAGAAUGGCCUCCACUCCAAGCAAGAACCACUCUCACCCAACAGCGGGGCCUACUAUGACCCAUCCCAGAGACCUUCUCCCCACGACUUGAGUCCUCACUCCAUUGACCACUCCCCCACGGGGGGCGUCGGAGGAAAUCAUCAUUACCAACAAAGUACUCCCCUCACCUCCACCAACAACCCAAGCCUCAACGGUGGGCUCACGUCGGUGUCACCUCAUACAAUAAGCCCUGUGCCACACCCAUCCCCGGUGGGUGGGUCCUCGGGUCUCAUCCAAACUCUCAAUGCUCAUCGUGAACUCUCACCCCCUCCUCACUCUCAUAUCAUUCACAGCCAAUCCGGCCACCCCAUACCGAUAUCUCAAAGCGGAGUUCUCUCCCGACACCUUCAGAGUGGCACGCCCACCAUGGUGUCACUCAAAGGGGCUUCUCAAUCUUCAAACAACAACAACAAUAAUAACAACAACAAUAAUAACAACAGCUCGUCGAGCAGUGCCGGCGAGACGGAGGAAAUUAACACCAAAGAUCUGGCUCAACGAAUUUCAGCCGAACUCAAGCGCUACUCAAUCCCCCAAGCAAUCUUUGCUCAAAGGGUACUCUGUCGAUCACAAGGCACACUCUCAGACUUGUUACGAAAUCCCAAACCAUGGUCUAAGCUCAAAUCUGGACGUGAAACUUUCAGGCGAAUGGCAAAAUGGCUUCAGGAACCGGAGUAUCAGAGGAUGUCCGCUCUCAGAUUAGCAGUGAUGCAGCAGUCGGCUUCGGAGAAGGAACGCGGCAGAUCAGGUCAGUUCACCAAACCUUGCAGCAAGAGGAGAGACGACUCGCCCGAGCCACCCCCACAGCCCAAGAAGCCGCGUUUAGUAUUUACGGACCUCCAACGCCGUACACUCCAGGCUAUUUUUAAGGAAACCAAGCGACCCUCCAAAGAAAUGCAAGUGACAAUUGCCCGCAAAUUGGUUCUGGACCCCUCUACCGUUUCCAACUUUUUUAUGAAUGCUCGCCGGCGUUCCGUGGACAAGUGGAGGGAUGAGAAUGACAUCUUCUCUGGGGGCGAAGACGACGAAGACGAGGAGGGGGAAGAGAUCAUGAGUGCCGACGACGACAACUCUCUGAGCGAGCCCGUUCAUCACCAAUUUCAUCCGGACAUGAACCUUCCGGGAGCAAACUCUUAUGCUCAGCCUACAGCCGUCCAAUCUCAAGCACAAACUGUGACAUUGGCUCGAUUUUCGGCCGAUGGGCAGGUCAGGGCCAGCCAAGCAUUGCUGGUCACGGGCCCCGCUGCAGUGGUCCAGCAUCUUCAACAACAACCUCUCGGUGCCUUGUCGUCAUUGGAGACAUCGUCCGCUUUGGACGGGUUGUGACGAUCUCGUCGAAUACCAACGAUUUCCAAGACAGCGGAAAUUGGAGAGGACCGACUUCGGAUGAAUGCAACAACUGCCAAGGGGUACACUGAUCCUUGUAGCGAUACCCGAAGGCCUGGAGGCUCCGUUUUGAAUGUCAGCCAAGCUUAUGGGCAUACUAUACUCUCGAGUUCUUUCCACCCAUCUUUGGUGGCUUCUUCUCUGCCUCAAGUACUUGCUCCCGCUUCAUCAUCAAAUGUGACACGAACCUCGACAUCCCCUUCAACUUACUCUUCCUCCUUGUCUUCGAGUUUUCUUCUUCCUGCCAUUGACAAUAACUACCUGUCCCAAGAUCAAAGACCUCCAUUCGAUUUGGAGGAUCCGAAGCUUUGGGCAAAAUCUUUGGAAAAGACGAAUCCCCACCUUAAGAAAUGGAAACCAGACAAAAGCCGAUCUUUGCCAGUGAUCGUUUCAUCAAUGGGUUCUUCCAAUCUCAACCCUCCACAAAGUCCACCCACGGAUCUUGGUAGCGAGUUUGUGGCGCUGAACCUCACCAUGGGAACUCCUUUUCUCAGCAUCCUCAACCGUCUAUAGAGGGCCUUUAGUCUUUUCAUAACAUUGUGACCCGAUCGACCCUAAUGCCUACCGAUUUCAUGCAGCCAAAAAAGCCGCCUGAAUGAAGCAAAAAAGAUGCUGGCUUAGGGACAUGUGAAAGGGAUAUGGUAGUUUGUCCUCCAACCACUGAACUUGGCCAGCAUUAUUUCUUUAGGUAGAAAGCCUCCCGGUCUCGUUGAGCACUUCGUUCCGAGUCAUUUCAGUGAGCUAUUGCCCCUCCCUCUAAAAAGUUCGGUAAUAUCAUCUUGUCAAUGCAAGAAAAACGCAAUUAUCCAAAAAACGCAGCUAGUCAAACACUCAUCCCAUCUGGUCAUCAUCGAAAACUUGGCAAUUCAAUUCCAUUGUCUGUAAAACCAGAAAGAGAUUUCGUGAAUGAAAUUUAAAUGCCGUAACCCCUUUUCUUCGUUCCAAUGAAAUUUACGACUUUGACGCCUGACCAGAUAUUGACCAGGUAUUGUGAGGGCUCAGGCCCCUCACUCGACCCGUUAAAACUUAAAAUCUUAAGCCAAAUGUAUCCAUUCACCUGUUGAGCAGCUUGAGCUACCCAAUCCAAAAUAGAGUUAUUGCCGGCGCUUUGUGUGAUAGCAGAGAUGCUCCUGCAAGGCCUAAGAACUUGAACCUGGUACACUCAUUCAUUCUCAAUUCACCGGAAGCAAAACACCUGUGGCAAAAUCCAUACGACUUGAACCUUUUAAUUCAAGCCAACUACAACUCAGUCUAGUCGUUUUCAAUUUAUAGCAAUCUCAACUCAACGGCAGUAACUUAUCUUCAUGUCUGAAUAUAUUUGAAGAUGUUCUCAUUUCCCGAUUCUAGUCAAGAACUCACCCAAACGAUUGUCGACGUUGAUUUGUCAUUUCAGUCAUCAAACUCCUGGAAGCUUUCGAACCACCGUCAACAACAACAUGGAACAAAGAACAUCGUGUUUUAGUAAUCGUACGCCCCCUCUUUGGGUUUCCUCAGAGCCGUUACAAUGUGUGUUUAUCCCCAAGCAUCCUUCUAUUUUCAACUCAGAUCUAGUCUGUUAUCCCAUUACCGUGAAAUUAGAAAUGGCAUUGAAUUACGUAUGUACGCAGACCAAGACAGCAGCAGCGAUUGUAUCUUGAAUUUAUGGAUCAAUUGCUUGCUCUGCAUAUUCAAUAUCCAUCAACCAAGAUAAGACCGACGACCUGUUUGGCACUAUUCAAGGUUCUCUGCUCCACUCCGAUCCCUCUGAUCGUCCUGUAUAGACCAAUAUUCUUCUCUUGGCAAUCCGUCCGAUUCCGGAGGAAACGUCGAACAAUUCAUUGCAUUCCCCUAUCUGUAGCUAGUCCAAGUCAAUUCGUUUAAAGCUAGCGUCCAAUUUGCUGGUGUCUUUGGCAAAAUUGAAUAGGCCCCAUUCUGGAUUAGAAGCUUAUCGUAACGAAAUAUUGACUCUACCACACUCACGCCCUUCUAAGAUAUAAAUCCACCUCCGAACCCACCCUCCCCAUUUUCAAAUUUGCCCAUCUUUUCGUCGAGAUCACAAUGAUGUGCAAAAACAACGAUAUCAUUAUUAAGAUAAUAAUGCGUCGGUUCUGAUCAUGAUUAGUUGUUAUAAAUCAUCUCUAUUGAUAGUACGUGGUACAAAAUAAACUAGUGUUUCAGUGCUAUGAAUGCAAUAAUAAAAAAAUGCCCAUGAUUGAUGUCAUACAUUGGAUCUCAUAUUUUUGUUGUAGGUCACUCCCCUUUUCUGAAAUUUCCUCUCGAAUUAAGGCGGUCAAAGUUCCAGGCCAGACUAGAGCUGUGCAUCGGAUACGACAGGGUCUCCGCAUCCGAUCCGAAGUGAUUUUUUGCAAUCCGAAUCUGAAUCCUAGAUUUUUUCCCAAUCCGACCGAAUCUGAAUCCGAAUUUUUCUGUUCAAUCUGAAUCCGAAUCCGAGAGCUCUGCCCAAUUCGAACAAAUCCGAUGCUUUUCUCGGAUCCGAAUCUGAAUCCGAAUCCGAGAUAUAUUUGCUUAAACCGACUCUAAUCCGAAAUAUUCU